UUGUAAACAGAGAGCUUCAUCACUCACAUGUCGUGGCUGCGUGUGGCGCAUGCAUGUCAAUGAAGAUAUGAAACUAUGACGCUAGCGUUUCUGAAAAGCAGCGGAUCGCCCGUACACACGGAGCUGCGUAAACAGAAUUUCAAAAUCUUUACACUCUGGAACCCUUUUCAAAAAUGAUCGUUUACAGACCCCAAAACGCCGUCUUCGUGUGGAUGAUACGCAGAUUCAGUUCUCUGUGAAGAAGAAUGUGGUGGGAGCCUCCUUCCUGUCUGAUGGAUUUUCUCCUGUACGUCAGAGACUGGAUUCAUUCUCUGAUUGGACACCAUGAAGCAUCCGACGAUGCAACUAAUGUUCAUCUGUCUGCUUCAGCUCCAGAUGUUUCCUUCUAACCUCAGGGGGAGACUCACUGACGUCAGCCGCAGAUAAAAGCGUCACAGAAGAAGUCGGGACUUCUGGUUUCUCCCGGGACAGUGUUCGCUGCUGUGUCCGCUUCUGGAGCUCCGUUCCCGGAUAAACUCCUCACGUCGCCCCGUUGCAGAACCACAACCGGAACCGAGUCCAACAUGAACGAGGCGGCGGGUCUCCGGUUCCGGAGGCUGCACAGACCGACGGUCAUCACCGAUGAGCUGCCGGAGCUGCGGUACAAGGGGGCCGGGACCUACAGCGGGAAGGUGUUCCAGGUGACGCUGGUGUCUCUGGGAGGAUUCCUGCUGUUUCCUCUCCUCGUCAUCAUCCUCAUCCUCGAGUCUCCAAUUCAACCCGACGUGUUCAGUCUGAAGGAGCCGCCCCUGAUGAAGGGCUGCUGGGAGCCCAACCUGAAGCUCCGAGAAGCUCAGAGGAUCUUUGAGGAUCAGAUUAUCGGACCAGAAUCCAUCACCAACAUUGGAGAAGUUUUCUUCUCUGGAACAGCUGACGGCAAAAUCGUGAAGCUGAUUGGACGAAGAAUCCACACAGUGACGAGACUGGGGAAGCCACCAUGUGGAUCCAGAGAGGAGGAGUCCAGCUGUGGUCGUCCACUGGGCCUCAGGGUCGGGCCCAACGGGACUCUGUUUGUAGCCGACGCCUACCUGGGUGUGUUCCAGGUCAACCCCACCACAGGUGAGGUGACCCGAUUGGUUGCUGGCGGUCAGGUGGUUGCCGGGCGGCAGCUGUCGUUCAUUAAUGACGUGGCGGUGACGCAGGACGGGAAGAAGUUGUACUUCACCGACUCCAGCAGCAGGUGGCAGCGCAGAGACUACCUGAAUCUCAUCAUGGAGGCCACCGCGGACGGCAGAGUCCUCGAGUUGGACAUGGAGACCAGAGAUGUGACCGUUGUCAUGGAGAAUUUGCGAUUCCCAAACGGUAUCCAGCUGCUGCCGGACGAAGAGUCGGUUCUGGUGGCAGAGACCACCAUGGCCCGCAUCCGCAGGGUCCACGUUGCUGGUCUGAAUAAGGGUGGGAUGGACACCUUCAUGGACAACCUGCCCGGUUUUCCCGACAACAUCCGUCCCAGCUCCAGCGGAGGCUACUGGGUGGCCAUGUCCUCCGUGAGACCCAACCCUGGCUUCUCCAUGCUGGACUUCCUGUCCCAGAGACCCUGGAUCAAGAAGCUCAUCUUCAAGCUCUUCAGUCAGGAGGUUCUCAUGAAAUUCAUUCCUCGCUACAGUCUUGUGGCAGAGCUCCACGAUGGAGGCGUCUGCACCCGGAGCUUCCACGACCCCAACGGCCUGGUGGCGGCGUACGUCAGCGAGGUCCACGAGCAUGACGGGAACCUGUACCUGGGAUCCUUCCGCUCGCCGUACAUCGCCAAGCUGAAGAUAUAGAGACACCGAGGAGGUGGAGGAAUGACCUUCAGGCUGGUCCACCUGAUGGACAUCCAGUGAGGAUGAGUGGUCCCUGUAGCGCCCCCUACAGGACGUCUGCUGAACAUCAAGUGGAAGGUGGAACGAACUCUGAGGAUCAGAAACCUUUGGUGAUCAGAUCUCCUCACAUUUCUAAACUAUAAUGUCUGAAACCCAGUGAUUGACUGAGUGUAAUUUAAAGUUUGUGAUUGGCUGAGUUUAAUCUAAAAUUUGUGUUUUAACUUUUAACCUUUUCUUUGUUUGGUGAAAAUGUUCCUGUCAAGUUCAGGAGAACGUCUCAUGGUAUUUGGUUGUCUGAAGGUUUCCAUCGACUCUCACAAAGACUUGCUCUGUGUCACUAAACGUCGCUCACUAGUUAGCGCAAGCUAAUUAGCUUGUAGACUCGCUAGCAUGCUUCCUGCUCGCAGGUUAGCUUGUUAGCUCUGUGACUAGAGCAUGUUAUUGUUGACUAGCUAGCCUGUUAGUCUGCUUUUCUUUCUAUUUAUGUUCUCGUUGGCUAACAGGUGACCUCACAGUGUUCCUAGAGCUAAUGCUAGCAUGCUAGCUGGUCUGGCUAAGGUCUGUAGAUAAAAAUGUUUCUGUUUCAUUUGUAACUACUGAAAAUGUAUGAAAACUUCCUGCUGAUGACUUCGACCUUCAUUUUAGUAAAACCAGAAACUAAUCUGUUAAAGUUCAGGUAGUUUGUUUGUUUGUUAGCGUGACAUCAGAGACCGGUUGCUGCAGCGUUACCAUGUUAGCAGCCGGUGAUGAUUUAACAGCAGUUUGUUCUUUAUUGACUCAGAGAUGUUUGGAUUCUGUUUAUCAGCUGAUUCUGACCAACAGUAGAACUCCAGAGUUAGUGAAGAUACCUGUACAGGUGUUCACACUGCUGCUAACUGUCGCUCAGUGCUCGCUAACCGCUGCUAGCAGUGGAUCAUUCCUCCUCCAGUAACUGCAGCUGAAUGUGGCUAAACAGCUUUUUCACAACUCCUGUGAAAAAGCUGCAUUUAGCUGCAUUGAGCUGCAGCAGAUCUACCCAAAGUGGAGUAAAGUGAGAGCGUGUCUGUUUCUGGUUUAACUGAGGGUUUAGAGUUUUGUCUGGAGGUCAUUCAGCAUCACAUUAGUCUCUGUCAUGGUGCCCAAUACUAGUUAAAGUCCCACAAUGCUCUCUGCUACACAGAAACCUCCUCAGAUCCACAUGUAACUAACUGAGCUAACAGUCAUUUGAACGUUCAGGAAGUUCUGAAGGUUCCCGGAGGUUCCUGAAGGUUUGUGAAGGUUUCUGGAGGUUCCUGAAGGUUUGUGAAGGUUUCUGGAGGUUCCUGAAGGUUGGAAUUGUCCACUGAAGCUUCGAUGGUGUUUCUGUUCUUUUAUCUAUUUUAGGAACACGUUUUGUCUCCCGUCGCCUAGCAACACCAAAGAGAACUGAUUGGUUGUGGUCCAGUCAGAUGGUUUAAACAGGGUCCAUUCAUCUGAAGAUCUCAUGGUUCAAGGGUUAGGGUUAGAAUUAGUUAGAGUUCAGGGUUUCUGAACACCAGAAACAAAUCAAUGAAGUAUUUCAGGUUUCAGCAUCAGAGACAGAACAAAUGAAACUCCAUCCUUAGUUCAGGUUCUUCAGCUCUUCUUUCAGGAUCUCAGCCUCUAAUCCAGGACUGGUCCAUCUCUGAUCUCCACCCUGAGCUCCUCCAUUCACGAGUCUAAAAGUCCAGCAGAAACAAACCUUUAAAACGUCUCAUCUGAGGAACUGAAGAUCUUUGAUAGGUUUCUCCAGAAUGUCGUUGAGUUCCUGAGUCAAACUAAAAUGGAUGUAAAUGAAGCAGCUGAUCAGUUUUACUGUUUGAAGCUUCAUCAGAUAUUUCAGAACCAUCCUGGAUCAUUUCUGCUUUACUCAUAGAACCCGUUAGUUUCUAGUCCAGACUGAGUUUAUUCCAGUUUGAAAAGAGCUGCUGUUUAUUAGAGGUAAGCAAAUCUUCUGCUUUGUGUUCAUCUGGUUUUUAUUUUCGAUGUUUUCUGUUGAAUAAAAUCUGCUGAUUGGUC